AUGGGUCGUCUACACUGCGCUGACAAUGACCACUGUCCGAUCGUCCCCGGCGCGGAUAUCGAUGACGCCGCGCCGCGAUCGGCCGCCAUUGUUGUGAUGCACAAAGCGAUUGUUGACACAGGAGGCGACAAUUCGUCGUUUGCUGAAUGCGCCCAACUGGAAAGGAUGAUUGCUCAACUAAUGUCGGCGAAAGGCCCG